AGUUCUGGCACGUACAGUCCAUUUCGCUCUCCGCCCUCCAGCUCUCUCCUGUGAGUUGGAGAUCUGAUAGCCCAGGCUGAAGUUUCAAGCUCCCCGAGGCCACGCCACCCACUCUGUGGGGUGCCUGGUCAUGCCAGGAAAAAAAGGGAAAGAGAAAGAGUAGGAAGGAGGCGAAGUCAUCCCAAUAAAGGUUAAUCGCGGGGUGGUGACACCUUCUCACACGACUGGACGGAAAAUGCUCGGCAGCUGGGCAGUGCCUGAUCCCAGCUGCCUGUCACGGAACUGGGAGUAAGAGGUGACCUGUUUAUUUUUAGAAGGGGACAGUCAUAAUAACUCAGCUCUUAGCUUCAUUCAAGGCAGGCAGGCGCUUUGGAAGUUUGUAAACACCUACUUUCUGUAAGGGAGGAGUGCUUUUUUCCAGAAAGGAAAGAACUUGACCAUUGGGGUUUUUCCCUCCUGAUACUCGUCGUGACAGCGGAGGAGAAACUAUUGCGGCACGGAAGUGUUGCAGCCUUCUCCACCGUGUUAGUAUUUUUUUAAAGGGCAGAAAUGCCUGAAGGUGAGGACUUGGGACCAGGCAAAAGCUGGGAAGUUAUCAAUUCCAAACCAGAGGAAAGGCGCAGGCUCAGCCACUGCAUUGCAGAGUCAUGGAUGAAUUUCAGCACAUUUCUUCAAGAAAUGUCUGUUUUCAAACAGCAGAGCCCUGGAAAGUUUUGUCUCCUGGUCUGCAGUGUGUGCACAUUUUUUACGAUCUUGGGAAGUUACAUUCCUGGGGUUAUACUCAGCUAUCUACUCUUACUGUGUGCAUUUUUGUGUCCACUGUUUAAGUGUAAUGAUAUGGGACAAAAAAUAUACAGCAAAAUCAAGUCAGUUCUGCUGAAACUAGAUUUUGGAAUUGGAGAAUAUAUUAAUCAGAAGAAACGAGAGAGAUCUGAAGCAGACAAAGAAAAAAGUCACAAAGAUGACAGUGAAUUAGACUUUUCAGCUCUUUGUCCUAAGAUUAGCCUCAACGUGGCUGCCAAAGAGCUGUCUGUGUCUGACACAGACGUGUCCGAGGUCUCCUGGACUGACAAUGGGACCUUCAACCUUUCCGAAGGAUACACUCCACAGACAGACACUUCUGAUGAUCUUGACCGACCCAGUGAGGAAGUUUUCUCUCGAGACCUUUCAGAUUUUCCGUCUGCAGAAAAUGGCAUGGGAACAAAUGAUGAAGAUGAAUUAAGCCUUGGCUUGCCCACUGAGCUCAAGAGGAAAAAGGAACAGUUGGAACGCUGUCGCACACCGAGCAAAGAGAGGCAGUCCGCAGCGGGUCUCACCCUCCCUCUGAGCAGUGACCAAACCUUUCACUUGAUGAGCAACCUGGCUGGGGACGUCAUCACAGCUGCAGUGACUGCUGCCAUCAAGGACCAAUUAGAGGGCGUGCAGCAAGCCCUCUCUCAGGCUGCACCCAGCCCAGGAGAGGACACAGACACUGAAGAAGUUGAUGACUUUGAACUCCUUGACCAGUCAGAGCUCGAUCAAAUUGAGAGUGAAUUGGGACUUUCACAAGACCAGGAAGCAGAAGCACAGCAAAAUAAGAAAUCUUCAGGCUUCCUUUCAAAUCUCCUCGGAGGCCAUUAGUCUGGGAAUCAGCUUGCACAACAGAGCACAGAUAAACUACCAAAAAAAUUUCAAACAAGCAAAAAA